CUGGACUCUGACCCACCCGACAACCAUGUGAUUCAACCCACACUGCACAGCAAAAGGUCGCAUCUCCUCACUUCUUCAUUCACUCACUUGUUUGCGUGAUGACAGCAAGUCGUGUGGGGGGCCUGCGGGGACAUCAGAGGCAACGUGUGUGUUAAUCAGCACAAGAAGCGGUUCGUCCUACUCGGACCUGAGUGCAAUGGCGCUGACGGUCCACAUGCUGGCAUGCGCCUUUGGGCUGGGCUCGUGGGUGGCUGUCAACGGCCUGUGGGUAGAGCUGCCACUCAUCGUGAACACUCUGCCUGAAGGCUGGGAGCUCCCCUCUUACCUAACCGUCAUCAUCCAGACGGCAAACCUGGGACCUCUGCUCAUUACGCUCAUGCAUAAAGCCCGGCCGGGCCUACUGAAUGAGAGGGCUGUCAUCUACACCGUCCUCUCCGUGGGUGUCCUGUCUUGCAUUCUGCUCGCCUUCUUCUGGGAUCGAACCAGUGUCGUGGCCGGCGCGUCGCACAGCACUGCCUUCUUUGUCAUCACCUUCUUCCUCUCUCUGGUGGACUGCACCUCCUCGGUCACCUUCCUGCCUUUCAUGAUGCAGCUGCCCGCCAAGUACAUCACCACGUACUUUAUUGGGGAAGGACUGAGCGGCUUCAUCCCAGCCGUGGUCGCUCUGGCUCAAGGUGUUGGCGUAGCAAAGUGCGUUAACGCCACUCAGGCGAUGUCCAGAAACCAAACGGGUGGAAAUCUUCAGACCGAGUAUUUGCCACCCAACUUUUCCACAGAAGUAUUCUUCUUCUUCCUGACGGUCAUGAUGUGCAUCAGUCUGGCCGCUUUCAUCGCGCUCAACAGGCUCCGACUGCCAACUCACGAAAACUUGAUGGCGAGCUCGGUAGCUUCGGUCUGCUCUGGCCUGGACAACCCCGCGGUGGACGUUGACCCUCAGGAACUCAAAUGGCAAAACGAAGAGGAGAACCAUUUGCCUGAGGAACCUGAUCAUUCUGUGUAUCAGCUGACCUUCAUCUACUUCCUGGUGGUUUGGGUCAAUGGCGCCACCAACGGCGUGCUGCCCUCCGUGCAGACGUACUCCUGCAUGCCCUACGGCAACCUGGCCUACCACCUCUCGGCGUCAUUGGCUUCAGUGGCCAACCCUGUGGCUUGCACUGUUGCCGUGUUCUUCCAAAACAGAUCUCUUGUAAUUUUGGGGGUGCUGACGUUGUUGGGGACAGGCUUUGGCAGCUAUAACAUGGCUAUGGCCGCUCUGAGUCCCUGUCCUUUACUUCAGGGCUCCGUGGCAGGAGAAGUCAUUAUUGUUCUGUCGUGGCUCUCGUUCACUGGGACCUUGUCUUACGUCAAAGUGAUGGUGGGCGUGAUCCUGCGUGACCGUAGUCACAGUGCCCUGGUUUGGUGUGGAGCCGCAGCACAGGCGGGCUCGCUGCUGGGCUCGGUGAUCAUGUUUCCGCUAGUUAAUGUCCUGACACUCUUUCAGGCCGGGGACUUCUGUAAUACAAAAUGUCCACACUGACAAUGCUUGUGUUGCUUAAAAGACUGUUUGGGAUCUCAGUAACGAUUCCAUAUUAAAUAGAGAAUGAUUAGAGCACAUACAUCAAACUCAAUCUGGCCUACAAAGAAAUUAUAUCAAAUGUGUAGCUUGGUCCAUUCACACCUAAGACUACAAGUCCCGGAAAGCUUUGCUUGCGUGUUGGCAUGUCUGUUGAAAUGUGUAAGUGCCACCUCCUUUUCUGUUGCAGUUAUUAGCAACCAUGCGACAGCUUUCCUCAGCUAAAUUCAUGCUUCUGCUUUUCAAAAUUGGCUUAAAAAAACGUUGGAGAACAGAUACUUUCAAGGCAGGUAGGAGGCAAAUGAUAUUUUCACAAAAGUAGAUGACAGAUUUGAAUUUUGGAACACUUAACUUUUUUUUUUUUCAUCCGCAGAUUACAGUGUCAUAGCAAAAGUGAUAUUUUUCCCAUCUAAAUGGAGAAGUCUGGACAGUCAGGUUACUUACUUGCAAGUCAAAGUUUUAUUUUUAUCAAAUAAAUAAAUUAAUUAAAAAAAAAGAAAAAAAAAGAAAGCUCCUAUCUUGAGAUAUGAGCAGGAUAUAGCAUAGGAUAGGAUUUAUUUAUUUUUUUCCCCUUCAGGCAUGACAAAUCCAAACAAACAUACAGCAUUUAUAUGUGUUUACAAUUAAUUCAACCCGAAAAGAAAAGGGCUGACGGCAGAAGCCGAAGCUUAUUGAAACCCGUCCCCAGUAUACCAUAUAGGACGCAGAAAAUAUCGAAUAUUAAUUUUUGACAUUCAGAUUUCGUAGUGAUUACAAGUUUUAAAAAAAAAUUUUUUUUUUUUUUUAAUAGUAACCAUCCCCUCUGAUUGUUCAUUUUCUCAAUAGUACAUUGCCGAUCGUGGCAAUGUGCUCGUUAUGUUGAUUAGAUCCAGUGGAUUGGUUCAUAAUUCAGUAGUUAGUUAAUUCAGUUGAUUCGAUCCAGAAGAUAGGGAAUAGCUGAGGACCAAUGGUAGGCUGUGUCCGCCACCCUCCUUUUGUCGACUUAAUCCUUGUCGCAGUUUUAUGCUUGCUAUCUCAAGGCACUUACCCUUUGCCUCCAGUGGCGGUUUUAGAGGUGUGGCCACAGGGGCACUGGCCCCACCUUGAAUAGCACAAAGCAUGGCAAUCGGCGAAUCAUUCUUUUUUGAAGUGAGAGCUAAUGAGAUACUGUAUUGUUGUUUCUUGAGUAUGUUAAAUAUUGAUGCUGCUUUUCAUGUUGAAAAUGGCUUAAAAAAAAUUAUAAUAUACAUAUACAGUAUAUAUAUAUGGCGGAAAGCACUCAGGUGACUGAAAGUUCCGCUCUGAGACCCUCAAUUUAGCCAGCUUUCAAAAUUGUCCGAAAUGCAUGUGUGAUAAAUCCUUGGAAAGCUUAAAAUCUCAAUUUUGAAAAAAAAAAAAAAAUUGAACAGGAGGCAUUUAAAGAAAAAAAAAUUAAACAGCAAAACCCUAAUUGGAGGCGAGAGCACGCAAGAGCAGAAUUAAAGAUGCCACAAUUUUAACGAGUGUACUUACCUUGUUUUGAUCCAAAAACUCCACGUAGCGUGUAUCACCGAGUGUCAAGACACAGCUGUGAAUGGCAACAGCCGGACUUUUAUUUUAUGGGUGGAACAUGGUGAUAUAACAAGGGUUGCGAUGCAGAAAUCGCAGACAAAGAGGAGUGGUUGAGAUUUUCUUUUUCAUAUAGUUACUCUUUUAAACGUUAUUUUUCCAAACUUUUUUUGUUUGGAUCGAUUAUUUAUCAUCUAACAUAUCGGGGAAAAUGCGACAGUAACAAAAAAAAAAUACAAUUAAGCGAUAGUUAUUAGAUAUCCGUGACUUUUUUACAGACGCCAAAUUUUUCAUUGUGACCUAAUUCGUUUAAAAGUUUAAAAUAUGCAAGUGAAUAAUUUUUUAACGUCAUUUUGUUUUUUUUAAACUAAAAUUUAGACAUCAAUUAAUGAUUCUAAGCUAAAAAUGACCGACAUUUUGAAUAAUAAAUAUAAUUACUUACCUCCUCUUUAUGGCGAGGUUGAAACAAAAGCGUUUGCGCGAUGUCUGUAAACUGGGGUUCCAGGGUAAAACGGACAAAUUAAAAAUAGUUCGGGGGCUUAAUGCAACAUGAAACUCCUAUAGCAGCAUAUAGACAUAUUGUUCUAUCAAACACAACAGUUGUUUUGGCUUAAAAUACACACACACACACACACACACACACACACACACACACACACACACACACACACACACACACACACACACACACACACACAUAUAUAUAUUAAAGUUGCACCGAUACCGAUACUAGUAUUGGCAGGGAUCCGAUCCGGCCCGAAUUGGUGGUAUCGGUAUCGACGAGUACCAACAUUUAGGGCGCCGAUACCAUCUACUGGCAUCAUUUGAAAGCAAAUAUACUGUCCUCCCAACGUGAGCUAACUUUCCAAAUCAUUACCUCUGUAUGUCUUUGUCUCGAAAUUACCACACGAAAUUUACACCUUCGUCUUCAAUAUUGCGGAUGUACACUACAACGCAUAUCCGCGAUGUUACGCUGCUCAUUUAACAUGGUAUUCACAAACGAUUAGCAUGCAUAAGCUAACGCUUGCUGUUGUAGCGCCGGUGGGAUCAGAAAGGUUAAGACCGUGGGAGACUCAGCAAACUCAUGGUUUCAUGAUGAACAAUGAGUAGCAAAUUAAGAGCGCCGUACUUCAAACUCGUCCUGUUUAUGAAAGUCGAUUGUAAUAUGCUGGUGUUGUGCAGUAAUGAGCAGAAGUGACUUCUGUGGCCAGAAAACACUCCAGCGGCGCAGCACGCACACUAGAUAUCAUCAAAUAGCAAUCUAGAUGUCCUAUGUUAGAUCCCAUGCCAACUCUCGCGCGCACACACUACAUAUCAUGAAAUAGCAACCUAGAUGUACUACAUUAGAUCCCAUGCCAUUAGCUGCGUGAGCCCAGAGCGACGCGUAGUCCAUAGACUACAUUGAUUAAAUAGCAACCGCCAUGACUGAAUGACAGUUAAGCAGGCCAAAUCUUGCCUGGUACACCAGACGCACCGCUGUUCCAGCUAUUGAGUCUGGCCACCAUUCAGCGGAUACAAUUUCCAGGGCGGAGCAAGCCACAGCAAACAGACAGCGGAGUGGACCAAUCAGCGACGGGCAGACGUGAGGCAGGACGAGGGACUUGCGCGCGGAAGUAAACAUAAGAGGAGAGCGGAGUUUAUUCAACAUGGCUAGCGCGAGACAGACUGUUGUCAAUGACUCGUGUCGAUGUGUUUUUAGUAAUUUAAAACUGAGUUUACCGUGGAUUGGAACAUAUUCUCGGCUCUCCUGUUCACCAUCUGUGUUGUUGUGGAGACGACUUCCGAUGCGCAAGAGUGACGUUGCUCGUAAAGAAUACGUCACGCAAAUAAAAGAAUCUGAUUUGUCGAUUGAUUUUGUACCUGCUCGAGAGGCCGUUAAUGGGCUGGCUCCCAGACUUUUCUCUCAGUGUUUGAAAAAUACAGGGAGAACAGUCUGGCCGUGCCAGGCAAGGCCAAAUCAACCCAUACCAGUGACUAUAGAUAAUGCUGCAAAUACUGUUAAUUCAGUACAUGUUACGGAUGGACUCGGACCACAAAUAGGAUGUUUAAAUAUAGCUGCUAAGAGAGCUGCAGCAAUCAACAGUGUGACCCACUUUACAAACAGUAAAAAUUGUUCUCAGCACUUAUAUCAGGGGUCGCGUUAACCGAAUAUUUUCCGUGGUUGACCGAUUUUUUCAAACGGUGACGGAAAAAACUGAAGUCCACCUGUCAUUUUGACAGGUUGCAAUUCACACCCCAGACCACAGGGUGGCGAGUGAGCAUAUUAAUUAGCUAUUGUCUCUCUUGAUGCAUGACGUCGUUGGCCUUACUCUGAAAAAUGUCAAGGCAACUGAGUGUCCGAAGUUUCUUCAAAAAGCCCCAAAACGACGAUGGUGUUGAUAAAAGAGGUGAAAAAACAGGGACUGCACAAGCGGGCACGCAAUUCAAGUCCAUGCGCACCAGGAGGAAGGUGUAAGACUCCGUUCAGGCUACAGCAGGUGAACUGUUAAUUUCAUUGUUCCAUAAUGUAGCCUACCUACUGGGGCCACAGUCAGCUAUUUUUGUCACUGCGGAGAAAAAGUUACAUAUUCAUCUGCUUGAUGUGUGAUGGCAUGGUGUGGAUUCUCUGUUAAGCUUGUUCAGACAGAAUAUUAAUUUAAAAUGAAUGAAAACUAAAUACUAUUGAAUAUGUUGAAGCGGUAUGCAAUGUUAAGAGUCUUGUUAGCUCGAAUUGCUGUGUCCAGCCGCUGUAGCUCUGCUGCUCUCUGUGAACUCUCUAUUCAAGCCGGAACGCGCGCGACUCUUAAGUGUCUCUGUCACGUGACUGUGUCGUAGCCGCUAACGCGCUCGGCCAAAUGGACACACAAGUACGUGAGGUGAAUUAUGCCAAACAAAGGGUCAGCACAAUGUCAUUAUCAUCAUUUUAAAAAUUUAAGUGACGGGUAAAAAUAGAUUAUGACCGGAUUUUUAUGACCCUGUCAGUCAAAAUGACAGACAACG